AUGCAAAUGUCAGAAAAGCGAAACACCCUCUCUCCCAAGUCAGAGAAGGGGAAGCGACGGCUCUCAGGUUGGGACAAUAUUAUCUGGAAGAUGAAGAAGAAACAGAACGCUUUUCCCCCCUCCUUCCUCCUCACCCGUAUCAAUCGGAGGAGAGAAAUCCCAAGGUCUACAAAGGCGCGGCGCUCGGACUAUAAAACACAACAAAUCAUAAACCCGGCGGAGCAGCAGCGGCCGAGCGCGCCUCCCCUCCCAAUGAGUUCCUAUUUCGUGAACUCCACCUUCCCCGUCACUCUGGCCAGCGGGCAGGAGUCCUUCCUGGGCCAGCUACCGCUCUACUCGUCGGGCUAUGCGGACCCGCUGAGGCACUACCCCGCGCCCUACGGGCCCGGGCCCGGCCAGGACAAGGGCUUUGCCGCUUCCUCCUAUUACCCGCCCGCUGGCGGCGGCUACGGCCGAGCGGCGCCCUGCGACUACGGGCCGGCGCCGGCCUUCUACCGCGAGAAGGAGUCGGCCUGCGCGCUCUCGGGCGCCGAAGAGCCGCCUCGGUUCCACCCUGAGCCGCGGAAGUCAGACUGUGCGCAGGACAAGAGCGUGUUCGGCGAGGCGGAGGAGCAGAAGUGCUCCACCCCGGUCUACCCGUGGAUGCAGCGGAUGAAUUCGUGCAACAGUUCCUCCUUUGGGCCCAGCGGCCGACGCGGCCGCCAGACCUACACGCGCUACCAGACGCUGGAGCUGGAGAAAGAGUUUCACUACAAUCGCUACCUGACGCGACGGCGGCGCAUCGAGAUCGCGCACGCCCUGUGCCUGACCGAGCGGCAGAUCAAGAUCUGGUUCCAGAACCGGCGCAUGAAGUGGAAAAAGGAGAGCAAACUGCUCAGCGCGUCUCAGCUCAGUGCCGAGGAGGAGGAAGAAAAACCAGCGGAGUGAAGGCGUUGGAAAGGGAGGGGGGACGCGAAGGGAGCGGCCUGUGGGGAGCCGAGGGCCUCGGAGAGCCCCGAGAAGGCUCUGCGGGCGGGGGACCCGGGGGACCUGCUCUCUAGCGCACGACACGUGCGGGGGGACCCAGCGCUCUCUGGACGCCCCCGCCCGCAGAGCUCUCAUUGGGUGCUGGGAGGCCCUGCCGCCUGAGCCCACCCAGCACCCUGAGCGCCCCCUCCAUCCCUGCGGGACCCGCUUCAGCCCCAUCAGGCUCCCCUGUGAGAACUGAGGACCGGACUCACUUGAUGUUUCCUGGAAGCAGAGCAAAAUGCUCUUGUCCGUGUCGCGUCUCAUUUCGUCCAUGUCCCCGGUGCACGGUUCAAUGGUAGAUUCGCAGUCCCCUCAGCGGGGGCCUCGAAGACUCCCUGACCCCAGACCUCUCUCCCACCCCCUCCCUAAAGCCACUGGAAGGAGCACAUA